AUGGAGCACCAACAACACUACUUUGCGGGCCAGGAAGCCUUCCCUCCUCCACUUCCCAACCACCUCUGCCCUAGUUACUCUCCCGCUCUCACCACGAUGGAGCAAUUCACUGCGGACCUCUUGCGCAUGGACGAAGAACAUCUCAAGCAUCGCAAGCCAUCUACACCUGGAAUCCCAUCUACACCUGAAGUCCCAUCACCAUCGAGAAAACCAUCAUCAUCAUCAGGAAUCACAUUUUUUCCCGAGGAUGAACUACCCAGCGACUACACCCUAUGGGGCACCAUGAGGACCUGGUAUCGACGACUCUCCCGACGAAGCAGCCGGGGUAGCGACGUCAGUCUUUGA